UAAACUGUACCACCGCGACCAUGAUACAUUCCCAUUUUUCCUUUCAAACGCAACGUGACAAGGCUGCGAGAAACCCCAACGUCCGCGACCACCGGCCACCCUCCCCGACGAUACCAUCGCCGCUGCUUCGAGCUCUCUCGACUCGAGCACUUUGUUCCCUGCUGCCACACCACCGCCGGCGAUGCUCCACCCUCUCUCGACUCGAAUCCGAACGCUUUGUGCCCUACCGCAACCACGGUUAUGUCUCAGGGAAGAAUACAAUUGGAAAAUGUUGGACUGAAGUUGAUUUAACCAAGUGCUGAUUCCCUGUGGUUUGUCUUAUCACAAUGUCCAAAAUGGCUUUCCGGUCACUCUUCUCUAGGUAUAAAAACUUAACCUCUGUGGUUUGUCCUCUUUUCCAACACAAGCAAAACUGCCAUCACUUUCACUCUUUGCCAACCCCACAAGUGUUUAACCCAUUAUUACCAGACCUUGUGAGUGAGAUUUCUCGUGUAGUCAGUGAUCAUCGACACCCUCACCAUGAUCUAGAACUCUCUCUCAAUCAAUUUUCAGCACAAAUUUCCUCUGAUUUAGUUGAGCAAGUCUUGAAAAGGUGUAAGAAUCUCGGCUUCUCAGCCCACAGAUUCUUCCUUUGGGCUAAAUCAAUUCCAGGUUUUCAGCACAGUGUUGAAAGUUUCCACAUUUUGGUAGAAAUCUUAGGAAGUUGUAAACAAUUUGCCAUACUCUGGGAUUUUCUCACAGAAAUGAGAGAAUCUUCUUGUUGUGAAAUCAACAGUGAUAUUUUCUGGCUCAUUUUCAAGGCCUAUAGCCGGGCUAAUUUACCAGAUGGCGCAAUCCGGUCUUUCUUGAGAAUGGAUGAAUUUGGAAUUAAGCCGACUAUUCAUGAUUUUGAUAUGCUUUUGUACUUUUUAUGCAAAAGGAAGCACGUCAAGCAGGCUCAGCAAUUUUUUGAUCAAGCUAAGAGUCAUUUCUUGUUAACUGCUAAAACUUACAGCAUUUUGAUAAGUGGAUGGGGUAAGAUUGGUGAUUCUGGGAAGGCGCGUGAGCUGUUUCAAGCAAUGCUUGACCAAGGAUGUCCAGUGGAUUUGCUUGCAUAUAAUAAUUUCUUAGACGCACUCUGCAAAGGAGGUUGUGUGGAUGAAGCUACAAAUAUUUUUCAUGAUAUGUUGUCAAAAAGAGUUGAGCCAGAUGCUUUUACUUACUCAAUAUUCAUUCACACAUAUUGUGACGCAAAUGAUAUACAUUCAGCUUUCAGGGUUCUUGAUAAAAUGAGAAGAUGUAACCUUUUGCCAAAUGUGUUUACAUACAAUUGUAUUAUAAAGCGACUUUGUAAGAAUGAUAAAGUGGAAGAAGCUUAUGAAUUGUUGGAUGAAAUGAUUUUAAGAGGAGUAAAACCAGACACUUGGAGUUAUAAUGCAAUACAAGCUCACCAUUGUGAUCAUUGUGAGGUCAGUAGGGCUCUAAGGUUAAUGUCUAGAAUGGAAAAGGAUAACUGUUUUCCUGAUCGACAUACAUAUAACAUGGUGCUCAAAUUGCUGAUUAGGAUAGGAAGGUUUGAUAAGGCAACUGAAGUUUGGGAGAACAUGGGGCAUACGAAUUUUUAUCCUUCUGUCUCAACAUAUUCUGUCAUGAUUCAUGGUCUCUGUAAGAAGAAGGGAAAGCUAGAGGAGGCAUGUAAGUACUUUGAGAUGAUGAUUGAUGAAGGAAUACCGCCUUAUGUUACUACAGUUGAAAUGCUAAGGAAUCGGCUCUUGGGUUUAGGGCUUUUGGAUCACAUUGACAUACUUGCUGAUAAGAUGAGGCAGGGUACUUCAUGUUCAAUCCAUGAAUUGGCAAAUAUUAUGAGUGGUGUUAGAGCAGCUCAUAAGGCUUCAAGGCGUGAUGAGACUGAUAUAGAAAGUGACUGAAGAAGUGGCCAUAGAAAAUUUAAGGCAUGGAAAAUUGUUAUUUUGAAAAAUGCUUUAUGCUAUUUUAACAAGUACGUGGAAGCACCUAUUUUAUUACAGCAGAGCGCACCAUGAACAUUCUAUUUCUUUGAGGGUAAUAGUUAACUGAUGUGUUUAAAGUUACACUGCAGAAUAUAACAAAUUCUUCUUAUACCAUGCAGAUAUUGGUGUAUGUGUAUCAAGUAUCAGUGUACUAAUAAUGAAUAUCAAUAAUUUAUUUAUUUGUAUUCA